AUGGUUUCGGAGGCCGAGGCUGCGGCAGGCGAGUGGAUAUUAGUUUCCGGUCGGGCCAAAGCCGGCACUCGCUCGAAUCGGCAAUGUCGAUCUCGACGGGAUUCGCCCUCUCGGUCGGGGCAGCAAUCGGACGAACGAGUUCGGGAAUCUCAUCUAGCCCCUUCGAUUCGGAUAGAUAAGGGUAAAGCGCCUAUGGUAGACGCUUCACCGGUAGAGCUAGUGGAUUCUUUGGUUGGCGCAGGCGUGCGGCCAGUAAAUGCUAGGGCGCGGCGCGCGAGGGGACAGCCUCUAGCGAAUGACCGGUUUAUGCGGCUCCGAAUAGGCGAAGCGAAGAUAGGCGCAACCGAUGGGGCUUUGUUGGAUAUGGUUAGUGCCGGCUUGCUAGACCUCUUGUAG